GUCAUUUUCAAGAAUUUUCCGUGGUUUUCGCUGUACUAUUAAAUGUUCAUAAUCAUUCAAUGCUCGAAUUAGACAGGAGAAUGCCUUCCAAACAAAGUGAUAAUGUCAGUUUAUGGAAACCCUCCAAAGCAAGAUACGAAUUUCGAACAAAUCCCGAGUGGCAGGGGAAAACAAGUUCUGGAUUUUGCAUGGGUUACCUCCAGGCGAAUUUAGCGAUUCUUACAAGUUCUUUGGCGAAGGAUUUUCAACGUUUUUGCGAGCUUAACAAUGCUCCAUGUCCGUUAUUGUACAGAAGCAAAACUGGUGAACUAUCAGCUGGAUUUCUUGCUCCUGACUCUGAUGUAAGGUACAAUGAAAGCUCCUAAUGAAUCGCUUUGCCCUAAAGGACAAGUAAUUCAUGUAGACUACCAUGAAUUACUUGCCCCUUGUAGGCUCGGGAAUGGGUUGGUUACCGUGGUGGAAAAAGGGUUCUGCUUCAAUCAAAAAGUGCAAAGGAAAGUAUAUCCAUUUAUAGCCAGUUUAAAAUAAACCAAACGUUUCCGUUUCCACAUCGUUGAUUUACAUGCGACAUUUUUAUUCGUAAGGCUAACCCUAUUUGUGGGCAAUAUGAGGUGAAUCCUGAGUUCUGAUAGGCUACACAAGUUGGCCAGAUGGGCCAGCUCAGGAUUAACCACUUUAACCCACGGGAAAAGAUUUUGUUUUGGGUAUAUUAUGAAUAUCUUUAUUCACAAAGCUUGUUCAGUCAAGAUGGCUUGGAUAUUGGCCUCUGACUCUUAUUUUGCACAAGUUAACCUCGACUUUGUCUUACAAUGCACAAAAAUGGAUAAAAAGAACUUGGCCAAUAUCACAUGUCCCACCAUCUUAACGAAUGCAUACUUGGUCAGUAAUACAUUUACUGUUAACUCUGAAGCACCGCAUUUCCUCCCCAACUGGCACAAAUUUACACUGCCUUGAAGAAAGUGACAAGAUUCCUUACUAUUUAUAAAUCUUAUAUACUGGUAUUUUUAACUUUUGACGUAGACAAGAUAGGGAAAGUCUGUCUACACCUCUGAAAAAGUGUCUUAAUAUUAGGAAAAUUGCCAAAUUUCAAACUGAUACAUCUUAAAUGAGCAAAUUAAGAUAAAGCUUCCCAAACAUGCGAACAUUUGCAGAUGUUUGUAUGGUGGGGCUGGGGCAAGUUUGUGCCCCCAAAGAUACAUAUUUUUGUAAAAUUUAGUGACUUUGAGGAGAUAUAUUUUCAUCAGUGUUCAACAAAUCACUUUCAAACUGACUCAGUUUCUUCUUGUCUGUUGCUAAGGAUGACAAGGAUGGACAUGGCCUGGGGGGAGGGACUUUAGCAAUUUUGGGGUGGGGAUGUGCUGCUGGGACCCUGGAACCCUUAGCCUAUACCAGAGCUAGUUCAAGUGAAUUUUGCUACCCUAUACUAAACUAAACCCCAAAAACCCCCCCCCCCCCUUCCUAAAGUAGCUUUUUUUCAGAAACUACUGAGGUCACUAGCACGGUCCAUCCAAAACAGAACCGAUUUGAUAUUUCUUAUAUUUUUGAGUGGCAAUUCCCAGUUUCCCUAGUCUAGACUUAAGUCUUCAACCAACUGAUCAGUUUCCUGGAAAAUAAUGCCCUAUUCUAGACCUAAACUCUCUGAUUUAUAUACCCUAUCCCAGAGUAAACUGCUUGAAAACCAUACCCUUAACAUAGCCCAUAUAUGCCUCCAAAUAUGCCUCCAAAACAAAAAUCACUAACAUACUUACUAUGUUCAAUGCUUCCUGAUGAAGUUUGUUUGAUAUCUUCUAGGCAUUAUAUUGUGUACGGGUGAUAGCACUAAAUAGCCACUUUAUCUCAGAAUUAACCUAAAACAGCAAUAUCCUUUUGCCAUAACUGUUAAGGGGUCAAAAUUAUAUUCGGUUUGAAAUUUUUAACCUACAAUCUUGUACAAAAAGUGUUGACAGAAUUUUGCACUUUCUUACCCACAGAACUCCUAUCCCACGGAUAUUUAAAUUGGUACUGCUAUGGCCCCCCUCCUCGGCCCCACCCUGGUCAAAGUUGUUUAGUCAGAGGUUAUCCAGCCAAACUUCAAUGUUGUUGUUGGGGGGGGGGGGGUGGUGGUGAAGGGAAGUAUUUGUAGUUGCCAGUGCUUUCAUUUCUCUCUACAUUUUUGUCCAAGAUUGUAGAUUGAUUCUCAUUCACGAGUUUAACGAAUUAGGGCUAGGAGACAAGGAAAAUUGAAAUUUAACCUGGGUUAAAAAAUAGCAACCUGAAUAUAAUUAUUUUUUAACAUAGCCCCUUUAAUUUAACUCCAUCUGUGCCACAUAUUUGCUGCAAUAUGGGGGAAGAGUGACCCAUCCCAGGACAUAAGCAUAUUUGUAACCAAGAGAGACAUAAACCAUACACACCUUUUUCUUUUGCUUCAACUCAUCAUCUCUUUACGUUAACAAGGGGCUAGCAACUGAGAUGUCAGUUUUCGAAUCCUUUUACAGUGGCAAAGUAACUUUUGAACUCUAUGGUGACUUAACAAUUUUUGCCUUUUUUUCUUUGUUAGAGCUGGUAUUGUGUCAGUGAGUAUCAACUUGAUACUCACUGAUAAUACUACAAUGAAUAUAAAUAUUUCUUCAUUUUUUGGAGACUUAACAUUUGAUCAGCGAAUUUUGCAAAAUAACAUCCAUGUGUUUUUUUCUAAUUUACACUUUCAGGACUGACCUUCAGUUAUACUGUAUCUCUAAAGAUGGAAACAUCGACACCAUUAAAUCCAGCUGCCUCAGUGACUACUCAUUAGAUGAUUAUGUGUCAUUUUAUCUUGGGUGUAGCUUUUCCUUUGAGGAAGCAAUGAUAAAAGCAGGAAUUCCUCUUCAAAACGUCUCUGAGAAAAGGAAUGUUUCAAUGUUUAUAACUAACAUUCAUUGUAAGCCCGUUGGGCCAUUUUCUUGUCCAAUGGUUGUUUCAAUGCGUCCCAUUCCAAGAGGGCUUGUAGAAAAAGCAGUCAUUGUUACAGCAGCUUAUGAUGCAGUUCACGGAGCACCAAUUCAUGUUGGAGAUCCAUCUGUUAUAGGAAUAGAUGAUAUAAACAACACAGACUUUGGUGACCCUUCAGACAUUGAUGAUCUUAUACCCAUGUUUUGGGCUUGUGGUGUAACAUCAUCACUAGCAGUAAGAUCAGCAAGUAAGAAAAGUUUUGUUAAGCUUAGUCUGUACACUGCCGUUUUGUUUUAUUUUUGUUUUCAUUCUUUUUGAAAACAUCAGCGAGCAGAGAUCGAGCGAGAAAGAAAAAUUAAGUCUAAAAUUUUCUUAUUUCCUCCCACUACCCCCAUGUGCUGGCAGUCAAUAAAUGUCCCCUGCUUACCACUAUGUUUUUUGUCACGCAUGCUCGAUGGCCUUUGAAGGGAAAAUAGAGGGUCUGUGAACAGGCUAUGUUCAGCUAACAAAUAAACAAAUAGAUAUUUUAUGCAAGUGUAUCUGUUCAUGCAGUUAUAGAUUACAAAAGACAUCAAAAUGUGAUAUGAACAAGAGUCAGGUGCAUUGAGUGUCAUCUUCUUUAAGAUACAACUAAUUAAAAUAGAAAAUCUCUUUUAAAGCAAUUUUAAAUGAAGUUACUUUUCCGGUUUGCAGAACCUUCACUGUGCUUCAGCCAUAGUCCUGGUUCAAUGUUUAUUGCAGACAUUUCUGUUAAUGAAUAUUUCAAACUCCAUAAACCACAACAUGGUGAUGAACAACCAAGGCUUAUCACUCUGACAGAUCAACCCUACCUUGCUUCUGUCUGUUCUGACACUGCGCUGAUGAAAGUAGAAGAUCUGGCUAAGAUAUCUGCUGACCCAAGCAACACUGGAAGUACAGAAGAUGUUGUGGUGACUAGUGAAUUCUUGAAGAGUGCAGUGAGAUUAUCCCAUGCCCCGUCUGUUGUUAUUGGCUUUCUUGGAGGAAAUGAAAGCUCUAUAGAUUAUAUCCAGGGAGUGAUGGCUCUUGUCAAAGCUCUUCAAGCCUUGAACAAGCAAAUAACUGUUGUUAUGCCUCAAAAUUCACAACAAUUUCAGGAUAACAUUGAAGCAUAUGCAUCCCAAGGACAAAUCUCCAAAGACAAUUUCCAUGUGGUUAAAUGUGAUAGGAAUUGUGAUGUUAACGAGGCAGUCUUUCAGGGAGAAAUCAAUCACAGACGUGACACAGUGAUCGCAUUUCAGCUUACCAGAACCCCUGAAAAGGCUGACUUUAAAGAUCCAGUGGAAAGUUUUUUCCAAGAAGGUGGUUAAUUUUUUGGUUUGAAUGUGCAUACCUUUACCCUUUCCGUAAAUUAAAGUACUUUGUCGAACUAAGGAAGAGGCAUGAAGAAGGAAAAAUUCUGGAUUUUUGUCAGUACCUCUGUUCCUGAGAUCUGUGAAAAUGCAGCUGAUUUUUAGAAAAACCAUUUACUGGUUUAAAAGAUGGUGUGCAAUUAAUGACACUUUACUUCUAAUGUAGCCAUAUCCCAUGGACUCUUUCUUUGUGUCACUGCUCUCAUUCAGUACAAUCUUCUUUUUCAGUAAAUGGUACUUGCUUUCCACGGCAAUGUAAUGUUGAUCCUAGCAGUAUGCUUAUUCUGGGUGCACCACACAUGAACCAAGUAUAUGCCCUGGAUUUACUCAAACUUUAUUAAUUUUUGUGCUUUUCUCAAGCAGUAAGGAGCCAGGAAAAUGGAAUUGUGUCCAUAAAGAUCACUGAAGUUGAAACUAUCCCAUCAGUAGAUCAAGCCAUGGACAGCCACACAUUGAUCACCAGCUCAUUGAAGGUGGCUGGGUGUGGUCUUGCUGCUGCUCUCUAUGUUCUUAACAAGUGUCCAAUUCACUCACGAUAUGUGCGGCAUGGUAUUGGGAAGAAACAAGUAUAUCAAGUUGAACAGUUUAAACUGCAUGGAGUUGAGGUACGAAUGCUUAAAUUGAGAGCUUUUCAGCAAUGGUGUAGGUGUGACCUUUCAUGUUGGCAGUUAACAAAACCAGGAUUGGACCAGAUCGAACAACUUGUAACCCUAUCCCCAACCUUUUACCAUUAGUGAGUUACAGGGAUUAAUUCAAUUCAGUUCUUUCCAGGUCUUGUUACCCUUUUUUUAUGUUCUUAUGAUACCAACUGAAAGCUAAAUAAGCAGUGCUCUUCUGUUAGUCCUUUAAGUCCCAAUACUGACUAACGUCAAUUUUCUCCUAACAAUAUCCAUACAAUGUCAAGCGAUUAGGUUAUGAGAAUUAAUAAAAUGAUCACCUAAGGGAAAAUGCCCUGAUCUUUUAUCAAAUUCUCUCAACUCAUUCAUGAAGGAAAUGUAUGGAGGUCAGUUUGGAGAAUUUGUAUGUGGAUAUUGGGGCUAAAAGGGUUAAACUCUAACCAUUUAUGUGACAGAUAUUUGAUAACAGAUGUUUGUAGAGGGGUGGGUGGUGGGGCAAGUUUGUGAUCCUCUGUCUGUCCUGCUUCAUGUAGGCUGAUGUGAAAAUGUCACACUCACCCUGACAUAAACUUCCUCACCCUUGCCUCACUAUACCACAGGUGGCCCAAGCGUAAUAUGAGAGUUUGUAUGGGAAAAAUAGAGUUUGAAACUUAGACGAAAUAAAUGAAGUAAAAGCGAUAAAAGUUCUCAAUUAAGUGUAAAUAUUGUUACCUGGAGUCGUUGUCUUUGCUUUUACGAAGUUUCAGCGUGAUUUGAGUACUUUUACAUCAUCUGACCUGACAGUGUAAUAUUAUUACACUGUCAGGUCAGAUGAUGUAAAAGUACUCAAAUCGCGCUGAAACUUCGUAAAAGCAAAGACAACAACUCCAGGUAACAAUAUUUACACUUAAUUGAGAACUUUUAUCGCUUUUACUUCAUUUAUUUUGUCUAAGUUUCAAACUCUAUUUUUCCCAUACAAACUCUCAUGUUACGCUUGGGCCACCUGUGGCUAUACAAACAUCUGUAAAAUUUUGCAACCCUUCCAGUGCUGUACCUUUGUUAGUGUUCAACAGAUCACUUUUAAUCUUGGCGGGCCCUGUAACUUAUUUAAGGCAUUGUUUAAAGUAGUGUUAACAGAUUUUUGCGAGCUAUUCCAAGUCAAAAGAUGAAAAAAGAAAAGCAUGGAAGUGAUUGUUGAACCACAAUAACAUAUGCACCAUUUCAUUGGCUCCAAAUUCUGAUGGAAAGAUCAACUUAAGGUUGUAAAGUGUUAUGCUAGGUGCAUCAGUGUUACCUUUAAGUGAUUGUCAAAGACACGUUUAUUUUGACUAAUGACUCCUACUAUCUUUUGUCUUAUAGGAAGAAGUUUGCAGCCGUAUGUUCCAGAUUGUAACAGGAAGUUGA